AUGCCAAACAACAAGCAGGUGGCUCAGCAGAGGGCGCAAUAUCUGCUAAAACGGUUUCAGAAAGAUCAGUUAUUCUUUGAAGAAUACAACGAAUUCAUGCACAAUGUUAGUAUGGAGGGACAUUCGGAAAUCAUACCACAAGAACAGUUGAAGCAUGAGGAAGGAAAGGUGUGGUAUAUACCUCAUCAUGGGAUCUACCACCCCCGCAAGAAAACACUGCGUGUUGUGUAUGAUUGUGCUCCAACAUUUGCUGGAACAUCACUGAACAAAGAGCUAUUACAAGGCCCAGAUUUGACUAGCACUUUAUUAGGUGUGCUGAUUCGCUUUCGGCAGGGUCCAAUAGCGCUUAUGACAGACAUUAAAGGGAUGUUUCAUCAGAUCCCAGAGGAAAAUAGAGCCACAGGUGUAAAGAUGCUGGACCUUAGUCGGGAUCAGCUACCCACAGAAAGAGCUCUCGGUGUGCAAUUGGAUAUUGAACAUGAUGUUUUCACAUUCAGUAUUGUGAACAAGAACAAACCACUUACAAGAUGUGGUAUUCUGUCCAAUGUCAGCUCAAUUUACGACCCUUUGGGUUUCUUAGCUCCAGUCAUUCUGCCUGCAAAACAAAUUCUGCAACAUCUAUGUAAACUGAGGUUUGGCUGGGAUGAGACAAUACCAGCAGAAAUGGCACAAACUUGGCAAAAAUGGGUUGAGGAUUUAGUUCUUCUUAACAAGUUUAGUAUUAGUAGAUGUGUCACACCCAAAGGAUUUGGAGAGAUAAAAAGUGCACAGCUGCAUCACUUUUGUGAUGCCAGUGAAACUGGGUAUGGUGCUGUAUCAUAUCUUAGGCUAUCUAAUAGCAAGCAGGAAGUGUGUGUUUCCUUUAUUAUUGGUAAAGCAAGGGUGGCGCCGUUAAAACAAGUCACCAUCCCACGUCUUGAGCUGGCUGCUGCAGUUUUAGCUGUGCGCUUGGACAAAAUGCUAUCAGUUGAACUCAAUCUUAAUCUGAGUGAGUCAGUCUUUUGGUCUGACAGCACAACUGUGCUACAGUACAUUGCAAACACAACCACACGGUUCAAAACGUAUGUAGCUAAUAGAGUUUCUAUCAUUCAUGCUUUGACAAAAGUUGAGCAGUGGAGGUACAUCAGUUCAAAACUGAAUCCAGCUGAUGCAGCCUCUCGAGGAAUGACAGUUUGCUGUUUCCUGAAAUCUUCCACCUGGAUCAGUGGUCCAGAAUUUCUCAGUAAACCUGUUGUUCACUGGCCUGUAGGCAAGAAUUAUGUAUCUGUCCAUUUGGAAGCUGACCCAGAAAUAAAAGGGGAGGGCCUGAUGUGUGCAGCUGUGCUGAAAGAAGAUGUCUGUCCCACUACUAAGCUGCUGUUGUACUUCUCCAGCUGGACAAAAUUAAAAAGGAGAUUCAUCUGCCGCAGAGGACAAGUCAAGGAAAUCCGGUCAGACAACGGAACCAACUUUGUCAGCUCAAAUCCUGCGCCAAGAAAUUCUUGGCCCAUUGGCCGCAUCACUGAAACCAUGGCCGAUGCACACGGAGUAGUUCGCCGUGUUAGAGUUAAAACACGAACAAAUGAGCUAGAGAGGCCAAUCAACAAAAUAUGUCUCCUGGUGGAGGCCAUCUAG